AUGGCGGCGCCCGGCGCGACCUUCUGCCGCCUGCUGCCGCUGAGCCGCUCGCUGCUGUCCCGCCCGGUGGCGGCUGCCGCCGUUCCCUCUGUUCGGCCGUACGGUGUGCGGGCCUCCGACACUGGCGAGCUGGUGACGCACACGGGGCAGGUAUAUGAAGAAAAGGAUUAUAGAAGAGUUAGAUUUGUUGGACGACAGAAGGAGGUGAACAAGAAUUUUGCAAUUGAUUUGAUAGCAGAGCAGCCUGUGAGUGAAGUUGAAAGCAGAGUGAUAUCAUGUGAUGGUGGUGGUGGAGCUUUGGGACAUCCUAAAGUAUACAUAAACUUGGACAAAGAUACAAAGACUGGAACAUGUGGCUACUGUGGACUUCAGUUUAAGCAGAAACAUCACUGAAAGAUUAUUCCUGCAUGCUUGCAGAUUUCUGUUCAGAUGUUAAUGUUUAACUAUAAAUAAACAAUAUAUUUAGAAACCCAA